AUGCCAGUUUAUAAUAGAUUCACGCAACAGGAAGAUGACAAACUUGUACGUCUUGUCGAAGAAUAUGGAACUAAAGGUAAUUGGAAGAUGAUAUCUAAAAAAAUGCAUGGUAGAUCCCCAAGACAAUGUAUGGACAGAUAUGUUAGAUUCUUAGACCCAAGCGUAAACAAGGAUCCAUGGACUCCAGAAGAAGAUAAACUAUUACUCGAACUCGUACCAAAACUAUCCCCUAAAUGGAGACAAAUUUCUCUAUUUUUCAGGAGAAGAAAUGAUAUACAAUGCAGAAAUAGAUAUAGAAAGCUUUGCUACGAGCUCUCUAAAGAAAAACCAAAAUUAGAAGAAGAAAACAGUAAUAAUAACCAGCAACCUUCGAAACCAGAAGUCUAUCAAGCAUUCGCUGAUCUUGACUUUAGUACAGAUUUAUUCUCAUUUGGAGAUGAGUCAAAUAAUUUCGGUAUUUUUGGUGAUCUUUUUUAA